CGCGCCUGGGCCAUGGCGGAGGACGCGCCACAGCGGCCGCAGCUGGACAUGCCGCUGGUCCUGGACAAGGACCUGACCAGGCAGAUGCGUCUGCGCGUGGAGAGCCUGAAGCAACGCGGGGAGAAGCGCCAGGACGGCGAGAAGCUGCUGCGGCCUGCCGAGUCCGUGUACCGCCUGGACUUCGUCCAGCAGCACAAGCUGCAGUUCGAGCGCUGGAAUGUGGAGCUGGACAAGCCUGGCAAGGUCACCAUCACGGGCACCUCGCAGAACUGGACGCCCGACCUCACCAACCUCAUGACGCGCCAGCUGCUCGACCCCGCCGCCAUCUUCUGGCGCAAGGAGGACUCAGACGCCAUGGAUUGGAACGAGGCCGAUGCCCUGGAGUUCGGCGAGCGCCUGUCGGACCUGGCGAAGAUCCGUAAGGUCAUGUACUUCCUCAUCACGUUCGGCGAGGGGCUCGAGCCCGCCAACCUCAAGGCCUCCGUGGUCUUUAACCAGCUCUGA